AGGUAAUGGAUUUACCUGAUAUAGGAGUUGAUGCUUUACCAGAUGAUGGUGAAAAACCAGGCUAUCUACACCAACUCAGGUCUAACCAGUUCUUUGCUGCUGGUUUUGGCUUGGGUGCUCUAGGAGCAGCUACUACAGCUUUAAAGAAACUCAGUGUUGUUGGAAUGGGCAUCGCCAGACGAAAGCUUUUUGUGUCAGUUGAACUAAACUCAAGAGACCCAUCUUAUGAGUGGUUCCUCAACUGGAUGGCACGCAAUGUAAAUCACACUCAACAUCUGAGUGUUUCGACUGACUUGAUAAAACACGAUAAUGGAACAGUUACCACUAGUUUUGGGUUCUUGCCAAGUACAGGGAGACAUUAUUUUCGAUAUAAACGAACUUUCAUGUCAUGUGAACGAGUAAGAGAGACUAACACACUUGCUAGAUCGGGCCAGUUGUGGGAGAGUGUGGUUAUAACUAUGUUGGGGUACAACCGACACAAAUUACUGGAGUUGAUGGAAGAAGCAAAAUUUGAAGCAGUUCAAAAGAUAGAAGGAAGAACAAUCGUAUAUUCUGCGAUGGGCCACGAAUGGAGACAGUUUGGUAAUCCCCUUCGACAGCGUCCAGUUAGCAGCAUAUACCUACCAUCUCAAGUCAGCAGCAGAGUCCUUAAUGACAUUCAGGAAUUUCUGUCAUCACAGGAGUGGUAUGUAGACCACGGAGUUCCCUACCGACGAGGAUACCUGUUUUAUGGUGAACCAGGAUCUGGUAAAACCAGUUUCAUCCACUCUCUGGCAGGAGCGAUCGGUUACAAUAUCUGUGUAGUGAAUCUGUCGGAGAAGACGUGGACAGAUGAUAGAUUACAGUACUUGUUUGCGAACUGUCCUGAUCGCAGUAUAUUGCUUCUAGAAGAUGUGGACGCAGCGUUUAUAGACAGACAAGCGGAGAUACCACGUGGUUACACACGUGCUGAUGCUCAUCUGUUGUUAUCAUACAGUGGCCUGCUUAACGCCCUGGACGGGGUGAUGAGCAGUGAUGCACAGCUAGUCUUUAUGACCACUAAUCACAAACAGCUCCUCGACCCAGCUCUCAUUCGACCGGGCAGGGUGGACGUGCAGGAAUAUUUCGGAAAUGCUGUUUCAGAACAGGUUAUAUCAAUGUUGAAACACUUCUUCCCCGACGUCACCGAGGAAGCAUGCUCGAUAUUCUCCAGUCUCGUUCCUGACAAUUCUAUGAGUAUGGCAGAACUACAGGGCAUGUUUUUAUUGCACAAGGAUGACCUAGAUUCUCUCAUUAAUGCUGUUAAGGAGUUAAACUUAAAUAACAUCGACCCAGCUCUCAUUCAACCGGGCCAGGAGUAUUUCGGGAAUGCCGUUUCAGAACAUGUUAUAUCAAUGUUGAAACACUUCUUCCCUGACGUCACCGAGGAAGCAUGCUCGAUAUUCUCCAGUCUGGUUCCUGACAAUUCUAUUAGUAUGGCGGAACUACAGGGCAUGUUUUUAUUGCACAAGGAUGACCUAGAUUCUCUUGUUAAUGCUGUUAAUGACUUGAACCUAAAUCAAAUUAAUGAUUCUGAUAGUUGA